GGUUGUAUCUGUCUCUGGAGCACCGCCAAAGUGCCUGCCGUACAACCAUCCAGCCCUCUCCCAAACUGACAUUUCUGCAGGAGCAUCUGUCUCCCACUCAGAUCGUCUUGUCCUACUGGCAGAACGGGGCAGGGGACAAAACCAACAAACAUUUGCAAAGAAACAGCAAAGGGAGAAAGAGAUGGAGCCGCAGGUCUGAGUUUCGGCUGAAGAGGGCAAAGCCGCAAGACAAUGGGGAUGUUCCUGCCUGGGAAGCACGGGCUGCUCCUCAGGCUCUGGAACUCUCUGUUGCGCAGCUUACAGGGCGAAAAGUCCUGGGCCAGGCGCCUGGAUGAAAUCAACCUGCUGCAGCAGAAAAGGAUCUGGGAGUCUCCCCUGCUUCGAGCAGCAAAGGAGAAUGAUGUUCAAGCCAUCCAGAAGCUGCUUGCUUGUAGUGCCUCUGAUAUUCAUCAGAGAGGUGCCACAGGGGAGACAGCCCUUCAUGUGGCUGCGUUGUACGAUAAUGUGGAGGCUGCACAGAUUCUGAUGGAUGCUGCUCCUGAUCUCAUCAAUGAAGCCAUGACAUCAGAACUCUAUGCAGGUGAGACCGCUCUCCACAUUGCAGUGGUGAAUAAGAGCUUCAGCCUGGUGAAGGCAAUGUUGGACAAGGGGGCUGAUAUCAAUAACCCACAGGCCACGGGAUACGUCUUCAGGCGCAGCAGCCACAACCUCAUCUACUUUGGGGAGCAUAUUUUAUCCUUUGCUGCCUGUGGAGGGAGUGAGGAGAUUGUGCGGUUGCUCAUAGAAAAUGGAGCGGACAUCAGAGCACAAGAUGCCCUGGGUAACACUAUUCUUCACAUCCUGGUUCUCCAGCCCAACAAGAACUUUGCCUGCCAGAUGUACAACCUGAUCCUCUCUUAUGACAAGGGUGGUGGGGGGCUGGAAGCCCUGGACUUGAUCCCCAACAAUGAGGGGCUCACUCCAUUCAAGCUGGCUGGGGUGGAGGGCAACACUGUGAUGUUCCAGCACCUUAUGCAGAAAAGAAAGCACAUCCAGUGGACCUUUGGCCCCUUGACCUCCACCCUAUAUGACCUCACGGAGAUUGAUUCCUGGGGAGAUGACCUGUCUCUCCUGGAACUCAUUGUCACCACCAAGAAGAGAGAGGCCCGUCGGAUCUUAGAUCUUACCCCUGUGACUGAGCUGGUGAGCCUGAAGUGGAAUAAGUAUGGGCGGCCCUAUUUCUGCAUCUUGGCAUUGUUUUAUGUGCUCUACAUGAUUUGCUUCACCAUGUGCUGUGUCUACCGGCCCCUGAAACAACGGUACAGCAACAAAACAGAUGAGCGGGACAACACCAUCUACAUCCAGAAAAUGCUGCAGGAAUCUUACGUGACUCCAGAAGAUGAUGUCAGGCUGGUGGGGGAGCUCAUCACAGUGAUAGGAGCCAUUGUGAUACUAAUUUUGGAGAUUCCAGAUAUCUUCAGAGUUGGAGCCACCAAGUACUUUGGGCAGACCAUCCUGGGAGGGCCUUUCCACAUCAUCAUCAUUACCUAUGCCUGUAUGAUUCUGGUCACCAUGGUGAUGCGUCUCACCAGCACCAAUGGAGAGGUGGUCCCCAUGUCCUUUGCCCUGGUGCUGGGCUGGUGCAAUGUUAUGUACUUUGCCCGGGGCUUUCAGAUGCUGGGUCCCUUCACCAUCAUGAUCCAAAAGAUGAUAUUUGGUGACCUCAUGCGUUUCUGCUGGCUCAUGGCAGUGGUGAUCCUCGGCUUUGCAUCAGCUUUCUACAUCAUCUUCCAGACCCAGGACCCUGAUGAACUAGGACACUUCUACAACUACCCCAUGGCACUUUUUAGCACCUUUGAGCUCUUCCUCACUAUCAUUGAUGGCCCUGCCAACUAUGAAGUGGACCUGCCUUUCAUGUAUGGCAUCACCUACUCUGCCUUUGCUGUCAUCGCCACCCUCCUCAUGCUGAACUUGCUCAUUGCCAUGAUGGGGGACACUCACUGGCGUGUGGCUCAUGAGCGAGAUGAGCUGUGGAGAGCUCAGGUUGUUGCCACAACAGUCAUGCUGGAGCGGAAACUUCCACAAUGCCUCUGGCCUCGCUCUGGGAUCUGUGGGCGUGAGUAUGGACUGGGAGACCGCUGGUACCUCAGGGUGGAAGAUCGCCGUGAUGAUAAGCAGCACAAGAUGCACCGCUAUGCAGCAGCGUUUACCACCCAGGUCACAGAAGACUUUGACAAGUACUCCGAGAACAAAACAGAGCUGGAGUACAGCGGGCACAUAAAAGGUUCUUACAUGAAGAAGCUGUCCCACUGCACGCCCUCAGUGUCCCCAGCUCUAUCCCAGAGGAGCUCUAACCGUGGUUGGGAGAUCCUGAGGCACAGCACCUUCGGCAAGCUGCAGGGUCAUGUCAAUCUGGCCAUGGAGAAGGAAGACGAAGAGGAGGAGGUCUACCAUGUCUGAGCAACUGCUCUCCUUCUACUUUAGGACGAGCAAUCCCUCUCCUUGCUAGUGGAGGAGGCUGAU